UAAAUUUGACCAUACCUCACAUCAAAGAACCGUAGUAAUUUUCAUAACUUACCACUAAAGUAUGUGAUAUAGUGGAUGAGACUUCUUUCCUUCAAUCAGAGGUCUCGGGUUCGGGCCCUGGAUCUGAAAAAAAUUUUGGCAGGGAGCGCUACUUCUCGAAUGGGGCCAUACUCAGCAUAAAUCCAGAAUAGUCGAGCUUUAAUACGAGUAUCGAACAUCCAAUGAAAAAAAUAAAUAAAUUCAUAACUUAUGAAAUUCUUACUUUAAUGAGAAAAAUUACUAACUUAACUAAUUCAAAUUACUCACACGAGUCCCUAGGAAGUUUACAUCUCACAGAUAAGUUCCCGGGGAAUAAAGUAUUCAGACACUAUCUCAUGAGUAAAAGAGGCUCGGCUCAAUUUGACAAAAUAUUUCUUUUUCCCGCCAAUUUAUGCAUAGACAAAAUACCUAAAUCCCCUUGCCCUCUCCCGCCCACUUCGCCAUUCAUUUCAGAUCCAGAAAAUCUCAGAGCAAAAUCCCAAACUCCACAAAACUGAGAAGAUUUCAAAUCAAAAAAAUCUGCAGAAAAAAUGAGUGGAGUUUUGCGAAAAAAAGUACAGAGGAAGUUCAAAAUGAGGGGAUACUCUCUCAAAGUCGAAGCACUCUCCGAAGUCCUCUCUUUCCUUUCUCAUUUUCCUUCCGACUCCUCCGAUGACGCGCUCGAACUCCUUCUCGAUGAGCUUCAUCAUCUAUCAUUGAAAUCGUCGAUUUUGGAUAGGGAAUCGGUGCAUAAAGUUGUGAGUAUUCUAUUAGAGGCGGAUGCAGCUGUUGAGGAAAACCCUAGCUCCAGUGGUUCAUCUACUUCAGCGCUUAGGGUUAUUGAUGCUUUUAUUGUCCCUAAAUUUCGAUAUGAUCCUGUUAAGAAGUUCUUUCACGAGUACACAGGGAGGCUUCCCAUCCACGGUGAUGCGUCUGCAAAAGCCACCUUAUACAAGGAUAGAUUCCUCUUAUUGUUCCAGAGAUUAUGUCGUGAUCCACGGUUUUCAACCCUUGCUUUUGAUGCCUCUACUUCUGAUUAUGGAAACUGUGAGAUAUCCCCCAUUCAAUCUCUUGUUGGACGGGUAGGGAGAAGAUGGAUAAUGGGAGUAAUAUCUCAGUUGGAGGAUGGUCAUUUCUACUUGGAAGACCUUACUGCAGCUGUAGAAGUAAAUUUAUCAAGUGCAAAGAUAACUACAGGUUUUUUUGUGGAAAAUACGAUUGUCGUGGCAGAAGGUGAAAUGCAGUUGGAUGGUGUUUUUCAGGUCAGGACAUGCGGAUUUCCUCCAUUAGAGGACAGAGAAAAGUCCAUGGCAUUUUUUGCAGGCCUAGACUUCUUUGGUGGUGGUAUUCUUACCAAAGAGGAAACUCUAAGACUUGUAGAGCUGGAGAAAAAUGCUGUGAAUGAUAUGUUUGUUAUACUAUCUGAUAUCUGGCUGGACAAUGAGGAGACUUUGGGAAAUCUGGAGACUAUACUCGAUGGUUACGAAAAUGUAGAGGUGGUUCCUUCUUUAUUUGUCUUCAUGGGAAAUUUCUGCUCUCAGCCAUUUAAUCUUUCAUUCAAGUCGAUCUCAAGUCUAAGGGUUCAAUUUGGAAAGCUUGGACAAAUGAUUGCUUCGCACCAACGAGUAAAAGAGCAUAGUCGUUUUCUUUUUAUCCCCGGUCCUGAUGAUGUAGGUCCUUCAACAGCCUUACCCAGAUGUUCUUUGCCUAAAUACGUCUCUGAAGAACUUCAGAAAUAUGUUCCAAAUGCAAUAUUCUCCAGCAACCCGUGCAGAAUCAAGUUUUAUACUCAAGAAAUUGUGCUAUUCCGUCAAGAUAUGCUCUAUAGAAUGAGAAGGUCUUGUCUGAUACCUCCCUCAACAGAAGAAACCAGUGAUCCAUUUGAGCAUCUUGUUGCGACUAUAAUACAUCAAAGCCAUCUCUGCCCCCUCCCCUUGACGGUUCAACCCAUUAUCUGGAAUUAUGAUCACGGUCUACACCUUUAUCCAACCCCGCAUACGAUAGUGUUGGGGGACAAAAGUGAGCAGAAAGCUUUCAGGUACACAGGAGUUACAUGCUUUAACCCUGGUUCCUUCUCAAAUGAUGGCACAUUUGUGGCAUACCGGCCGUGCAAUCAGGAAGUAGAAUUAUCAGCAUUGUAACUUCUAUGGAUCAACUUGAAGAUGACAUAUUUAAAAAAGGCAGCCGGGUGUACUAAAGCUCCUGCAAUGCAUAGGGUCUAGGAAAAGGCUGAACCACAAGGGUCUAUCUUAGCUUAGUGAUUAACUCUUUGGUGGUUAAACUAGUCUUAAUUGUCUCUUGGCUCGUUCAUUAAUAGGAUGGUUCUGUAUAUUGAUGUAUUGUCUUUGUCUACUGCAUUGUUAAGCUCGUAGUGUAAUACUCAUUCUUACAGGUUGUAACUCAUAUCAGACAAUUUAUUUAUCAGUUGAUUGUCAAAGUCAAUUAAUCUUGGUUUGAUGAGAA